UGUUCUUGGACCAUAUUGAAUAAGUAGUUUGAAUGAGAGUCGCUCAAUUAUGGGUUAAAACAAGGUUAACAGGGUCAUUUACUCCGAAAUUAUGCAUUUACUAAACUAUAUAAAUUAAGAUACAUGUACAAUAUAAGACCAAUGAGCACCAGUGGUCUAGUGGUAGAAUAGUACCCUGCCACGGUACAGACCCGGGUUCGAUUCCCGGCUGGUGCAAUUUGUUUUCAUUUUUGUAGACUUAUUAUCAAUGCCCUUUUUUCUUCCUUGUGUUGUGUUGUGUUGUGUUGUGUUGUGUCGGUCGCUGGGAUCAUCAGUGACGUAUAAUAUUUUUUCUUGUUUGUGAGAAAUAAAAUAAGUCAGACUGUCUCCUGUCACCAAUUCAAUUCCCAUUUCCCACCCCAUUCAUUCACUGGCUCUUUCUCCAUCUGUAUGGAACCCAAUUCGAACUUCUCCCCGGCCACUUAAUAAUAAUCAACGCCCAGAAGUUUCCUCCAAGAAACCUCCUCCCAAUCUCUCACUAUAUAUACCUGCCAUUUCCCCCACCCUGUUUUCAUCACACAAUUCAAACCCCCAACACAAGAUCGUACACAUACAUAGAAACAGAGAGGUCCCCUGUCUUUCUUCAUCUCUUCUUGCAAAACAAUGGCCAACAACAACAACAACGGCGAUGUCAAGCUGAUCGGCGCGUGGCCGAGCCCGUUCGUGAUGCGCCCGAGGAUCGCCCUCAACAUCAAAUCCGUCGAGUACGAGUUCCUCCAGGAGCAAUUCGGGUCCAAGAGCGACCUCCUCCUCAAAUCCAACCCUGUCCACAAGAAAAUCCCUGUCCUUCUACACAACGACAAACCCAUCUGCGAAUCCAACAUCAUCGUCGAGUACAUUGACGAGGUUUGGUCCGCCGGCCCUUCAAUCCUCCCCUCCGACGCCCACGACCGCGCCGUCGCGCGCUUCUGGGCUGCCUACGUCGACGAAAAGUGGUUUCCGAAUGUUAGAGGGGCGGCAGCUGCGUCGAGCGAGGAGGCGAAGAACGCGGCGGUGGAUCAGCUGAAGGAAGGCAUGGCGCUGCUGGAGGGAGCGUAUGUGGAAAUCAGCAAAGGGAAGGAUUUCUUCGGCGGGGAGAAGAUUGGGUUUAUCGACAUUGCAUUUGGGAGCAUGUUAGCGUGGUUGAGAGCCCUGCAAGUGAUGCUGGGAGGAGUGAAGCUUCUCGAUGAGGAGAAGACGCCUGGUUUGUGCAAAUGGGCUGCCAAAUUCUCUGCCGAUCCUGCUGUGAAGGACGUCCUGCCUGAAACAGAGAAGAUCAUCGAGUUUGCCAAGCUCCUCGUUGCCAAAAUCAAAGCUGCAGCAGCCUCCUCUUAGAAGAUGGAUGUGUGUUUUGGGCGAUUGUUGUUUUGAAGGUUUAUGUUGUUUAUGUUGCUGUUGUACUUUCAUGUUGAAUCGAGGGAAAUCGGAGCUGUCCAUCCCCUUUAUGUUUUACUCUGUUUUGGUCAGCGAUCACAUAAUAGAAAUGAGUUCUAGUUUCUGAUCUUACUACGGGAACUAUGUCAUUUGUUUUUUUACUUUUUUUCGCCCUACAUUUCAAGGUUUGUCCACCAUCGAUUAUCAAUAGGUUAUUUAUCUCUAUACUGCAUUAUUCUGAAAUUUAAUUUAAGAAUUCAUAAAAAAUAUCAUAAUUUCCUUCAUUUCGUCAUAAAAAAACAUUUUGUCAACUAAAAUUGAAUUGAUUCUUAUAGUCAUUAAAUCUUUCUCAUGCUUUUUCAAUAAAAAUGUGUCUAAAGUAUUACAAUUUGUGUGGUAUUUGUUAUUUAUAUAGACUAACCAUUGAAAACUAUAAAUAAAUGCAACCAUAAACAUCAAACAGAUAUUUUAAUCAAACUAUGAAUUGGAUUGCUUAAAGAUAUGCAGUUGGGAAGUUAGUGAACGUCGGCUACAUGAAUCACUUUCUUUUCAACUCUUGUGGAAUUAAUGUUGUGUGAGUCACACAUUGUAGAAAAAUAUCCCCACAACUUGAAUGAUGAUAAAGGAGUUAUGGAUAGAAUUUAUCAGUUUAUGGUCACUCAAAAAGCGGGGUCAACUUCAUUAUUUAGAAAAUAAUUAAACCAAUAUAAUAGUCAAAAUUUUCAUUUUUAACCGAAUAAUAGUCGAGUUUUUUGAAAAAUAAAAUAAUAAUCCUAUUAUUAACUUUUCAUCUGAUCAAAUAUUAGUUGAAUCUGACGUGGCAAAUAAUGAUAAUAUGGAUGCUGACGUGGCUAUUGAGUUUUGACAUGUUAGCCAAACCGUAGAACUAAAACAAUUUAAUAUCCAAACUUUUCGAAAUUCAAUUUAAUGACAAUUUUUCAACGCAAAAGUUAACGAAUUCAUAAUACAUAUUAUGUUGUUUUGACACCUCAACAUACAAUUAAUUUAAAACAACUAAACAAGAAAAAGAAGAAGAAAAAAAUGUCAUCUUAUGUUUUAGGCUCUUCAUCGAGCAACCUAUAUUUAUGUUUUCUCUGUUGAAAAUUUCUGUCAGCAUCCAAAUCAAAUGUGUUAAUUUGAAACCUUUAUUGUAGGAGUGAAGGACGAUUUCCACUAUCGGUUGAAGUCUAUCUCGUAUACUCUAUAAUGUCUGGAACAUUCUAGGUUGAUACAGUCACUAAUGACCGUCUUUUUUGUGACUUUCGUGUGAUCGUGGAAGUAUUUCAUGCUCUACAACCAAUAUUGGUUCAUCUACACAACUCAUAUCACGGGAAAUACUGCUAAGCCACCUGGUCACCUAGGGACGAAGGGAAUGGUGAAAUAGGGGACGAGUUUGAUAUCUCAUAUCUUGAAAGAGAACCAGAUGAAUUUAGCCUUAUGGCCUCUUAUACGGUUAUACCUCAAACCCAGGAGACAAGAAUGUAAACACGAGGAUGGCUUGGUUAUAAGUUAACUAACGUGAAGUCUCAUUAGUCCUCUAGGUUAACUUAACAACUUAGAUAGAGUGGCGACUUAAUUUGUAAGACAAAUGAAUAGCUAGUUCAAGACAUAUAUUCAGUACGAGAUAGCAAUUCGUAGUUUCGUAUAAGUAUUUACAUGGCAAAUAGAAGGGUUAGAAAAAUAGCUGGCCGAAUUUAUGUCCUCUAUGUCUUUUAUGUCCCUCCUCUGUAAGUAGUGGGUGAUUGAUGCAAGUGGACUUUGGAUUGAUAAAUCUCCCACCCGUACUUAUGUGAGUGGGUGGUGGGUGGAUUACUGAUCACCCUUGAAUGACUCGCAUCCUAUUUUCACAUGAUUUUUUUUUGUUUUAACUACUAUUAUUGGUUAUUGUGUUGUGUAAUAUCUAUUAAAUUUUGCAUAUUGGA